AUGUCAACAGAAAAGAAAGAAGAUGAUAUCAUUUUAGAUGAAGAUGAUGAUUAUUCAGAUGAAGAUGAUGAAAAUAAGAAAGUAAAAUCAGCCGAUAAUUUAUUGUAUAAAUAUUCAGUUGAUAUUGAUUAUAAAAAAGAACAAUAUGCAAAAUUUAUUAUGAACUCAUUAAUUGUAGAUAAAGAAAUUAAUUUAAAUAUAUUUAGAGAUUUUAAGAUAAAUAAUUCAGUUUUAACAGUGUUAUAUGCAGCAAAUAGCGCAGAUGAAUUAAGAAGAUCUGUUAAUGGUUUUUAUGAUAUGUUGAUUAUGGCUUCAAGAACUUUAAAUUCUUAUGGUACUUUUUAA